CUUGGGAGGGUGUGGGAAUGGGACACGACGACGAAAAUUAAUAUGAACGAGUCGAGUCGGUCGAGAAGAAAUCCCCACCGCUGACCGGUGGUUCGAAGGUAUGCGGCCGAGAAGAGAGGGAAAAAAAACCUAAUACUAGUUGGUCCCCUCUCCACUCACUUCGUCCUGCUCCUCUGCAGUUGGCGAAGAGGAAGCUAUCAUGAAAUCAUAGUCAUCAUAUCAGGCUGAGGCAAUGCGGAAUUCUCAGGAUGCACCGAGUAUCAACGGUGGUCGCAAAUAUUGCACCAAUGAAGGCGAUACCCCGCACACCGAUCGAGGCGAAGGCUCUGUCGAUCUAACGAGAGAUGCACGAAUAAGCCCGAGAGCCAAAUCAGCAGAAGAUUACAGCGGAUGUCGUGGCCAGGAGAAUAAAUUAAUCGGGAUUAAUGCUGCAAGCGAGAAGUUGCGGUGGCCAUCGUUGGUCGACGCCCAACAUCGCCAAUCGCCGGGCGCUCCGCUUUCAUUGGCCUCGAAAAACUCCGAGAGAAUCGGCCAUGCGCCUCUCGUGGAUGAUCCGCAACGGAAAUGCCCGAUCACCAGGAGGGACAAUCAACGACGAGAGGGCCGGAGGGGGCCAGAUCACCAAUCAUCAGGGGUGAUCAUCUUUUGGACCACGGUUUCGUGGGUUUGUCGCUGCAUACGUAGGGGCGUACGUAGUAAAUAUUAUAUUCCCAUAGGAGUACUCCGUAGUGAGCAAAAAUAUGCAAAUUCGGCCAUCGUCCGACGCCUCAGGCACGGAGGGGAAAUCCCGUGCGAUCGCAAGCGCCAGCCUUGCCCAUCCACUGGGAUGCGAAGGAACCGGAUGAUCUUCGAGGAAAAGAGGGGAGCCAGAGAAGGCCCGUUCUUCUGUCCUAGACUCACUCCUCCAUAGGUCACGUCGGGUAGGUCGAGUCCGAUCCUGCCAUGCGCGAGGCCCUGUAGGUUUGGUCGCUGUUACUGUAGCCUGUUACUCGGUUAGAUCAGCCCCAUAUGCAUGGGUCGCAGCUCUUGUCACACCUUCGCCUUUUCGCCCAUACUCCGUCGUAGGCGUUUGGGACUUAUUCCUGUUUGCGUUUCGUCUCCGAACGUCUGGAUCAUCCUCUGUCUAACAUGUGACGGGCAAACAGGAUAUCGCCAGGGAAAAAAAGGGGGGGGGGGAGACGCUACACGUAGAACUAGGGAACUCUGUCUGC